GCCAAUGAGCCCCAAAUCCUGCGCUUCCACAAUCACGCUGGAUUUGCUGGAAGAGAUGUGCGACCCGGAGCAGAUCACUGAAUCGUUUGCCCUGCAGGGCAAGGUGAAGCAGCUGCGUCGGGAGAAGCUGCUGCGCUUUUUGAAGAAGCACGGCUUCGCCCAGGAUGUCAACGAGCCUCGCCUGCCCGGAUGUACAGCCUGGUUCACGACCAAGAAGGAAGUCGUCUACCCCAUACACGUGGCGGCGCAGCUCGGCGAUUGCCAAACCAUCCGGGCCUUGCUGGCUGAAGGUGCUGAUCCAACAAAGAAGACAUCCAAAGGACGCACGGCGGCAGACUUUAUCAAGGAGUGCACAGGAGAUCGCCGGGAAGAAGCCGGACGCAUGCUGGGAGCUUGA